UGUGAGGCAGCGCAGCUCCGCAGUGUGUGCAGGACAUUGUCUUGUCGGUGCGGCGGCGUCGGGAGAUCUCAGCGGCCUCAGCAGACAGAGACAGCCGGGCUCUGUGCAACAUUUGCCCGCAUUCAUCCCGCCGGCUGACACUGAGGCUUGCGCGCUCUGCGGCUACUGGCAUCACCCAUGUACUGUCAGUGUGGAUAGUGGCUUGUUUACUGUGCAUCAUCUGACUGGAGAAGACGUCUGACUGGCACCAUGAGCAGCACUGUGUUUCAGCAGCAGGCUGUCCACAGCCCUCUGGAGCAGAAGAAGCAGAAGCAAAAGCAGGGUGGAGGAGGAGGAGGAGGAGGACCUAUCCCCUGUCAGAACUGUGGGAAGCCGUGCAAAGGGGAGGCCCUCCGGGUCCAGAACAAACACUUCCACAUCAAAUGCUUUGUCUGUAAAGUGUGUGGUUGUGAACUGGCCCAGGGAGGCUUCUUCGUGCGGCAGGGUGAAUACAUCUGUACUCUGGACUACCAGCGAAUGUACGGGACUCGCUGCUUCAGCUGCCAAGACUUCAUCGAGGGGGAGGUGGUGUCCGCCCUGGGCAAGACCUACCACCCCCGCUGCUUCGUCUGCGCCUCCUGCAAACAGCCAUUCCCGGCCGGCGACCGAGUGACAUUUAAUGGGAAGGAGUGUAUCUGCCAAAAGUGUACCCAGCCUCUCCCUGCCAACAGCCCUGCACCCAUACAGGCUGUCCACAACUGCUGUGGCUGUGGGAAGGAGUUUAAGAAUGAACAGUCUCUUGUAGCACUGGACAAGCACUGGCACCUGGGCUGCUUCAAAUGUAAAGUCUGCAACAAGGUUCUCAAUGCAGAGUACAUCAGCAAGGAUGGAAUCCCCUUCUGCGAGAUGGACUACCACGCCAUGUUUGGCAUCCAGUGUGAGAGCUGCAAGAAGUACAUCACUGGAAAAGUCCUGGAGGCUGGAGAGAAGCACUACCACCCCACAUGUGCCCGCUGUGCCCGCUGUGAGCAGAUGUUUGCAGAGGGAGAAGAAAUGUACCUGCAAGGAUCGUCUAUCUGGCAUCCUCCAUGCAGACAAGCAGCCAAGCAGGAGGAGAAGAGUAAGAAGCAGGUCAGGAUACAGCUCAAUGACAUCCCUGAGCAGCAGGUGACCCGGACUUCAUCUGAGAGCAUCACUUCAGUUCCAGCCUCCAGCGCCUCGGGCUCUCCCAGCAGAGUCAUCUAUGCCAAACUAGGAGAGGAGAUGCUGGACUACAAGGACCUGGCGGCCCUUCCAAAGACCAAGGCCAUCUACAACAUAGACAGACCUGACAUGCUGUCGUACUCUCCAUACGUCAGCUACCCGUCUGAGGAGAGGCACUACGGAGAGUCCCCCCAGCUGCUUUCUCCUACUCCUACUGAGGGCGACGGGGAGAAGUCACCCCGUCAGCGGAGACCCUCCAGCCCCAGCUCCAACAGCUCCCUGGGGGGGUACGGACGUUACACCCCGUCCCGUUCCCCCCAGAAUUACAGCCGACCAGGGCCUGAGGUAUUCCUUGGCAGUCGAUCCAGCAGCCGAGCCCGUGAUUCCAAUUCUCUCCCUUUGCCUCCAACCCUUGUGGGUGCUAUUAAGAACCCCUCCACCUGGGCCAGGGACUCAUCCUCCCUCCCCAUGAACUAUUCUGGUGGUGCGGAAGGGAGUGGUGGUGUUGCUGGUAGUGGCAAGUACUCGCCUACACCAGCAGGUGGCAGUGCGGGCUUGUCUUUUCACCUGAAUCCCACCACUCUGGCCAUGCUGCAGCAGCACAACUACAUCCCUUACUUCAGAGGUAGUGAAAGUGGUCGGAGUACCCCCAGCUUAUCCACCUAUUCUGAUGGCAAAUCCCCCUCCUCCACUUCUACAUACGUGGCUGCUCCCCGGCAUUUCCACAUACCAGAGACUAUGGUCAAAGAUAAUAUCUAUAGAAAACCCCCCAUCUACAAACAGCAUGCUUCUAGAACAUCCUGGCAGGAUGGGGAAGAUAGCAAGAGGACCAGUUGGAUGAUCUUAAAGAGUGAAAUAGAUGGACACAUGGGUCAAGAAGACCUGGAUCCCUGCAAGUCCACCUGCAGUCUGCCCACUGACACCUCGCAGCCUAAUUUCCCCUACAAUAAGUCUGCGUCCUUACCCGGAUAUGGACGGAACGGCAUCUACAAGGCUGCCGAGAUGGCCGAGGAUGAAGUGGACCCAGACUCCCAGAGCUGGGGAGGCAUGAGAGAAUACAAGAUCUACCCUUAUGAAAUUCUGGCAGUGACGCAUAGAGUGAAAGUGAAGCUUCCCAGAGACGUAGAUCGCACCAGACUGGAGAGACACCUAUCUCCAGAGGACUUCCAGCAUGUUUUCGGCAUGACCCUGGAGCAGUUCGACAGGCUGGCCCUCUGGAAGAAGAACGACCUGAAGAAGGCAGCACGCCUUUUUUAGACAGAAAGAAAAAAAAAAGCAACAUCUCCACAAGCAUCCGUCCUGUCUGGGAGGAGGCCGAAAAGAAAACCAACCCAUCUGAAAUAUCUAUAUAUGCACCGCCAUGAUACCCUUACUUUCCACCUGUAAGACGCCAUGCCAUCUGCCUGCGACUCCGUCGCGGGAAGAUUUUCACGAUGUCGAGGCAGCAUCUAGCUUUUUGUAUGCGAUGUGGCCCGAGUGUUUGACUGACAGCCUUGCAGAAGAGGACGAGGAGCUGCGUUUGCAUGGCCUGUGUUGAUGCUCCUCGCCUCCCAUGUGGUUUCUGCAUCCUCCCCCUCCCGCCCAUCUCAGUGCUUUCAGACACCCUGGCAAAAAUAACGGCUUUUUCUAAUUCUCGUGCAGGCCUUCCUCCAGGUUUCUGUGAUUCUGACUGUUUUACGUGCGCCUUCUUCUACUCUGUCGGUCUUGACUUAUCUGUUUCUAUCUGGAGUUCUUCAUCAGCAGCCGGUUUGUUUUCACUUUACAAGGGUUUAUCAUCCUAUCUGUCUCUACAUAUCACCUGUUUGCUGCUCUGCCUUUCCUCUCUCGCUGUCUCUCCAUCAUUUUAAGUUUUCAUCCCUGCACUGAGUGACUGUUACAAUUGUCAAACCCAGUUCAUUUUUAUGCCCUUGCCAUCACUUUAGGACAGUGAAUAGACCGCAGACUUGUACACAUUCACUGUUCAAGCAUUUCAAGGCCAAAGACAGGAAUAAUAGACGACUACAGCUUCUCUGAUAUUGUACUCAAAAAGCACCUUAUCAUGCGCUUUUGUUUUCAGUUUCCCUUCAUGUUCCUUUCAAUCAGAGAAAUUGGGAAAAAAAAAAUGGCUGGGUUUUUGAUAUGCGUGCACUGAUAUGUUUGAAUGCGGUCCCAUAUCUUACACAAGCAUCUCGUAAAUCAGCACAGAUAGGAGAGCCAGGGCUGGAUAGGGGCCACAACAUGGCAGUGAAUCACAGGUUAUGGGGGGGGGCGGCAAAAAAAAAAAAAAAAAAAAAGGAGGGGCCCUGCAGAAAACAAAUACAGUGCAGAAGGUUUAAGGGUGUGCGAAGGUGUCAAACAUGCAGCAUUUCCAUAGCGACAUGCACUCACAUCAGAAAAGAAAACAACAAAAGAAAUUAUUUUUAUAAGCUAUUUUUGACUUCUGGAAAGGAUCAUUAAACCAAUCAUGAGACGCAGCUGAGAGAAAUCAUGAUUUUGUUACCAGAAAAAAAAGCCCAUGCUGACUUUGUUAAGCUUCACAGACCUGCAGCAGCACUUAAGCAUAACAAGUGGGGUCUUGCUUGAUUUGAAACUCAAUACUCUAACUGUGUUAUAUCUUCUCGGUUGGAGAUUUAACUCUUUACAUGUUUGUUGUUUGAAAGCAUUGUUGCGUACAGUAAAAGCUCCACAUUUAAGCUGAAGUCCGUCAGCUUUGCUUCAUGAUUUCCGGACCGUGAGCCGAUCAACUCGCCAACUAACAUACUGUAAGAUGUAUGUGAACAUAUACUGGACAUAUACCAGAUAUAUUUGUCUGUAUACAAGCCAUGGUGUAUAACUCUUCAGGCAUGCAUGAGGGUGGGAAAAUGGGAUUUGUCCACUGACCUCAGAUUAGAAAUGUAUGAAAACAUUAUCAUCAAUGUGGUUUGAGUGAUUGAUUAUUUUCUGGUUAACUUGUGUCAAAUGAAAUGCCCAGGUCAGCUGCUUACAUUAGCUUGUGUUAGGUAUUUAUUUAAUUGCGAUAUUAAGGAAGGGAUUUUAUUUUGAAAUCUUAAGGGUGUAGUGUUGAAUGAAUAGCAUCACAGAGACGGUAGCUUUUGAAGAGAAACAUAUCAAAUUUUUGAGUUUAAUCUGAGUGUCCAAUCAGUUUUCCUCCUGUAAGUAACACACUAACUGUUGUCAUAAAGCAUCAUGUCCUCUUUCUAAUAUUCAUCUGCUAUUAAAGUGCUUUAUCCAAACCACAGAGUCACUUUGGAUUGGAGUGCUUGAGUUUGUUAAAUGAACUUCAAAAACCUUUUACUUCCGAGAUGACAGUUCCUUCAAGUGAAGUGUGCAACAUAUAGGUGUGUGGAUGGUCUUUAACAUGUAAAGAAGAAUGAGUUUUUCAAUCAUGACAGCUCAUUUAAAGCUAGAAACUGUGGGAAGGGUGAAGGGUCACUGUCACAUGUAUACAGCCCGAGAACAUUAGCAAAGGCCAGUGCCACAAAGAGCAGGUUCAAGCAUUAGAAAUUGCCAGAUAUUUUCCUAAAUCUAACUUAAACCGGGACUGAUGACCGCAUUUUGUGUCUUUUGAACAAAUUUUGCAUCUUGAAAGAGGUUCUGAUGUCUGGCGAGACCUAGAUUCACUCAAAGCCUGAUGUCAGGCUUUAUUGAAUUGUCCCACGCAGGUUUCUGAGAUCUGAGGCAACUUGGUUUGCCGCCACUUAGAGGGAGACUGUGUCCAAUUACAAAUUAGGCUUUCUUUUAGUCAUUUCCAUUGGUUAUGAUAAACUGGCCAUGCAUAUUUACGACCAGACAGCUUGUAAACAAAGACUCAUGUUAGUCAAAAGUGAUUUGGAACAGUACAGUUUUUACACCGACAUUGUGCAUGUGCAUUGCAAACAUCCAUCACAGUUUGCAGACCAACCUUCUGGUCCAACUUUAAACCUGCUAGAACUGAUUUUUUACUUUGUUUUUUAGCCACGGAGUCAGUGGGAACAAGGUGCGAACACAACAUUGACGUCACCUUUUAAGCUGAUCGUCAGUUGCUUAUUUGCAUCCGGCAGUAAAUCCUGCACAGCUGGUCGCUGCCUCUGCUUACCUGCUGAUAAUUCUCUGUAGGUGCAUCACUAUGAAAGAUCCCAUUCAUAUUGUCGCAUUGUUUUCACAUUUAAAGCCGCUUUAAUCUCUCAUACUUGUCAUGGUUGUGCUCACUCAUUGCAGUGUUGCAAUGAAGAACUACUAGCAGCAUUAGCAGCGUGCCAUACCUCCGGUUUCACCUUCAAAUACAGUGGCCACUAAUAUGGCACAAUUACUGGCUUGUUCACAAUAUGUGUGAUUGUCCGACUGUCUAGUCUCACUUGUCUGAUUCAGAUGAACUUUGGAGUGAUGUCAGUUAAAGAUCUCACUGAUUAACCGAACGAGGGGGUUAGAAACUUCAAAGGAUGACACAUCUUUCUGGUUUGCUUCGUCACAUGUGGGGCAUUAGGCCUCGGAUACACAUCCAAGAGGUAUAUGAACAGUCAUCCAACAGGUGCUUAUCUGAGCAGUGAUUCCAAAUGAAGCGUGGAGUUUUUCGGUGUGAAUGUAGCCAAAGGAGCGGAGGAAACUCCACCCAGACCGGGUUACACAAGCGGAGGGACCUUUCAUCUCAAUGAGAAAACAACAGCGGCGACGUUCACACACGGCUCAGAGCCUGCGGUGACGGGUUCACAGGGAGGAACAAUAUUUAUCCCCAUCGUUUGCAUUUUGUGUUCUCCUCAAAGGACGGAGUGAAGUUCUUCAUAGAAACAGAGGGCAUGCUGGAAUAAAAAUAGAUUUCAGAGUGAAUGAGUAAGCAUCUCGUGACAAGUCAGUGAAAGUUGUUUUUUUUUUUUGUGUGGAUCAAUUGUUGAUCUUAAACUGUACGUUCAUUUCUGCAAUUAUCCAUUAUUCAUUAUCAGCAAUCAAA